AUGCUUGCCCUACUCAGCAGAAAUUUAUAUAGACAAUCAGCACAACAUUUCCCAGGAGCACCUCACGCGGCGCGUUUCUCCUCCCACUCCACAGGAGCUUCACUUCGCGUUCUUCCCAGCCUCAAUAAAACUGCGGUAAUUACAGGCUCAUCUAGAGGAAUCGGACGAGCCAUCGCACUCCGCCUCGCCCACGACGGAUAUGAUGUAGCUCUGAACGAUCUACCAUCUAGUUCGUCGUUAGUCCAAGAGCUUGGGGAGGAAAUAAUCAGAAACACGGGAAGGCAAGCGAUAGUACUUACCGGCGAUGUCUCUGUGGAAGGUGACAUCAUUAAGCUUGUGGACGACGUUGUCGAGAAGCUAGGAGGUAUCGACGUCAUGAUAGCGAAUGCGGGGAUCUGUUUUACCAAGACGAUAGCAGAUACCACAACGCAAGAAUGGGAUAGAAUCAAUGCUAUCAAUGGCCGCGGUACUUUCCUGGCCUAUAAAUACGCCGCGCAACAAAUGAUAAAGCAGGGACGUGGCGGACGUAUUGUCGGUGCAUCUUCCAUAGCAGGGAAGCAGGGCUGGCCAUAUUUAUCAGGGUACUGCGCAACCAAGUUUGUCGUUCGGUCAUUGACGCAGAGUGCAGCUCAGGAGUGGGCCAAGUAUGGUAUCACGGUCAACGCAUACGCGCCUGGACCUAUUGAGACGGAUAUGUUGAAAGUAAUUUCAAACGUCGACCCGAAUGCUGGCGUCGAGGCGACCGCCCCCACAACGGCGUUGGGUGUGAAUGGAACGCCGGAAGACAUCGCUGGGCUCGUGUCGUAUUUGGUUUCUGACCAAGGAAAGUUUAUAACUGGACAAGCUAUCAACAUUGACGGUGGAGUGAUUUACCAUUGA